CAGAAGAGCAGUCCUGGCUGUGUACAUGAUAGUGUGUAAGCCUGGGUGCAUGUCACAACACUGCCAACUCUCCCCCGUUCUCUGGAUCUGCUCAUUGUACCACAGGACUGCAGCAGAACUUUCUGGCCCAUUCAUUUGUUAUACAUCUGACGCCUACGCUGAUUUUGGGCUGAAUCUGAACCUGGCUUGACAAGAUGCUCCUGCAUUUGGGAGGGUCCAGGGGGAAGAUGGGCAUCCUGCUCAUCAGGAGAGUGGGUUUGUUUUGUCGUUCUGCCCACUUGUCUCCCCAAAGCCUGGAGUAUCGACCAAUCAAAAAGGUCAUGGUGGCAAACAGAGGUGAAAUAGCCAUCCGUGUGUUUCGAGCAUGCACAGAACUCGGUAUCCGGACAGUGGCAAUAUAUUCAGAGCAGGACACGGGGCAGAUGCAUAGACAGAAGGCAGAUGAGGCUUACCUCAUCGGCAGAGGCCUGUCCCCCGUUGCAGCAUAUCUUCAUAUCCCUGACAUAAUCAAAGUGGCUAAGGAAAAUAAUGUGGAUGCAAUCCACCCUGGUUAUGGCUUUUUAUCAGAGCGCGCAGACUUUGCCCAAGCCUGUGCUGAAGCCGGGGUGAGAUUCAUUGGACCUUCCCCUGAGGUUGUGCGCAAGAUGGGGGAUAAAGUGGAAGCCCGUGCCCUGGCCAUACAAGCAGGUGUUCCAGUUGUUCCCGGAACAGACGCUCCCAUCUCAUCUCUUCAAGAAGCUCAUGAGUUUGCCAAAACACAUGACUUUCCCAUCAUCUUUAAAGCUGCAUAUGGAGGAGGAGGCCGUGGAAUGAGAGUGGUCAGAGAUUAUGAGGAGCUAGAGGAGAACUAUCAGAGAGCCUAUUCAGAGGCUCUGGCGGCAUUCGGUAAUGGUGCUCUGUUUGUUGAGAAGUUCAUCGAGAAACCACGACACAUUGAAGUACAAAUUCUUGGUGAUAAAUAUGGAAAUGUAAUUCAUCUGUAUGAGAGGGAUUGCUCUAUCCAGAGGAGACAUCAGAAAGUGGUAGAGAUCGCUCCUGCUGCCCAGCUCGACUCUCACCUCAGAGACAGACUGACCUCAGACGCGGUCAACCUGGCCAAACAGGUGGGCUAUGAGAAUGCAGGCACAGUGGAGUUCCUGGUGGACAAACAUGGAAAGCACUACUUCAUCGAGGUGAACUCCCGCCUACAGGUGGAACAUACGGUUACAGAGGAGAUCACUGAUGUGGAUUUGGUUCAUGCACAGCUGCGUGUGUGUGAGGGCCGCAGUCUUCCUGAGUUGGGUCUUGAACAGGACAAGAUCCGGAUCAAUGGUUGUGCCAUUCAGUGCCGGGUCACUACAGAAGACCCCUCCCGUGGUUUUCAACCAGACACAGGUCGCAUAGAGGUGUUUCGCAGUGGAGAGGGUAUGGGUAUUCGUCUAGACAGUGCGUCUGCAUUUCCGGGGGCCAUCAUCUCCCCUCACUAUGACUCACUGCUGGUUAAAGUCAUAGCCAGUGGCAAAGACCUCCCCUCCGCCGCAACCAAAAUGCACAGAGCAUUAACCGAGUUCAGAGUUCGUGGUGUUAAGGCGCGUGCGCCGUAUAACAUCCAAAGGGGUGGGAGGGGGGGCGCCCUGGAGGCUGACGUGGGCAUGGUGGUGCAGGAACAGGAAGCCUCCAGGGCGGAGCUGGUAGCUCGGGGAACCGGGGAGGAACGGGCUGUGGACGUGGCCAUGGCGGAGCAGGCUGUGGGCGCAUGCUUUAGUGGAUGA